CCAUUCAAGCUAAGACCGUCGCAUGUUAUUGACGUCAUCAACCUCUGGCACGUCAGGGCGCACGCUACUGCAUUCGGGAAAUCUUUUGCAGUGUGUUUAUCUUGGUGUUGGGUUUAUAUGCGCGGUUUUCAUGGCAAAUGGAACAAGUGAAGUUGUGUUCUGUCGCGGAACCGGUCAGAGUGACGACUCGGACAUCUGGGACGACACGGCCUUGAUUAAAGCUUAUGAUAAAGCCGUUGCAUCGUUUAAGAAUGCGCUGAAAGGAGAAGACGCUAUGGCUCCACAUACAAAAGAGAAACCUGGCAAUAAGCGAAAAAACAACAAAAAGAGCAAAAGCAGAAAGAAAAGUAACACAUCUCCUGAAGGAGAGUGGAACGUCGGGGAUGCCUGUUAUGCGUAUUGGUCUGCAGAUGGAAACUUGUACGCUGCUACCAUCUCCUCAGUCGACCAGGAGAAGGGCACCUGCGUCGUAUAUUACAACGACUAUGGAAACGAGGAGGAACAGAAUCUGAGUGACCUUCUCACAGACGCUGCAGAAUUGGAUGGGGAGUCACAAAAGAUGGCCGACGGGAAAGAGGUGGAGUCUUCUACAGAGGAGACUGAUAGGUCUUCUACUCCACAUCAGUCUAAUCAACAGAAACACAAAGCUAAAGGCAAAGCUCCGGUGGUACCUCCUAUGUGGGGUCCUGGCUUUCCUCCUUUUCCUCCUCCUGGCUCUCACUUCAGAAUGUCUGACAGCAGAAGAGCAGGAGGCUCUGGACCGUCUUUCCCUGGCUGGUCCCCAAUGAUGCCUCCAGGUCCACCGAUGAUCCCACCACCACCACCAAUUAGUCCUGACAUGUUGGAGGAUGAUGAGGCUUUAGGCAGCAUGUUGAUCUCCUGGUACAUGAGUGGCUACCACACAGGAUAUUACCUAGGCUUAAAACAAGGCCGCAAAGAAGCUGCCGCGAAGAAGUCCCACUACAAAUGAAGUAAUUUGUAGUACAUUGUGUUUGAUUAACAGUGCUACCACACACGGGCUUGAUGGACAACCGGAUCUAAUAAAAGCGGCGUUCCUGUUUGGGCCAACUCAAGAAUGGUGUUGAAGCUUGAGAUCGCUGAUCUCCUCCACGAUUCUUACUGCUUUCAAUUCUGACAAACAGUUCUUACCCUUGCUUAUAAUAGACCUGUACAACCUGUAAAGAGCUUCUCAGGCCAAGAAACACUUUGACUUAAGGAACAGUAAGUAGUUGUAUGCAUAUUACUGCAAUAAAGGGUCCCCCUAUCUCCUCUUAUAAGCAUAUAGAUGGAAUCAGAUAAUGGCCUAAUAAUAAGAUUAUGCAUUUUGCUGUCUUCAUUGAGGUUUGAGUAAGUUUUAAAAAAAGAAGUAUAUUUGGGUCAGGGGCACUAUUAUGAAUGAUUAGAGUGUAGCAGGGUGGGGUUUUUGAACACUUUAACCCUCAUAUUCUGUGUACUGUUAGCAAUGGAUGUACUUUUUGCUUACCUAUGGAAGAGAUGGCACAAGGAUGCAUUAUGGGAAGAAGACCAGCCGGCGGAGGAAGUGUGAUACUCUGAGCAGUGUUCUGCUGGGGCAGUUAGUUAAAUACCUGAGUGGAGGUGAAUCCUCUAGAGGCUCAAAUCUCGAAGGCAUAAUAGAAGAACUGAUCACUUCAAUUUUGUUGACAAAAAAAUUAAGAAAUUCAUCUCAGGACUCAGGUGAGGGGUCAGGACCACAGCCCGAGAAGGAUUUAGCACAGAAUCAAUAGUAUUAAACAAUAAUUUAGGCUUAUUUGCAUUCACAUCUAUUUAUUUGUAGAGAUAAUGUGGUUUUGCCUCUUUCACUGACCUCUGAUAAUUUAUUAAACACAUCUUAAAAAUA